AUGGCGAAGAACAGAAACAAGAAGAAGAAAAAUGGAUCCGGUCUAAUGGACAUGGAUGUCAAAUCAGAUGAUCAUAAGGUCACGGAUAUUCCUCAAGCUAUGGAUACGUCUGAGACAGUAGCUUCCAAUGCUUUUGCCGGCGGAUCGCCUAGGAAGAAGAAACUGGGAAAGCAAAUGAAAAGAUCUAAAAAUGUGCGGAAGAUGAAGGCAAUAGCAAAAGCUAUAUCCCUAAAUGACAAGUCGGAGGAGAAAAUUUCGAAAAAUGAGAGCAAGACAUUGAGAACUAAAUUUGCUAAAAAGCUAUACGAGUAA